AAAAAAUAAAAUAUUCAUUCAUUUUCUUUUCUCAUCUAUAACAAAUAUAGACAAAAGUUUCAACCAAGGAAAGAAAUGAUACCAUUGUCAGUAAUCGAUGACGAUAGUCAACAUACGAUGCACUUUUCUCAGUGCUUACCCUAUGCCAAUUUACUGGAACAUGAAGCAGAACAAUGGUUAGACGAUAUUUGUGUCAAUCUCGCACUGAGUGUCAAAGCAAAAGAUUUCACUCGUGGUGCUUUAUCUUGGGUAAAACGACUAUCAAGUUAUAUGGAUAUGAAGCACGCUGUACCUAGACACAUAAGAGCACAAUUAGCUAAACUACUGUACGAAAUGGUGAUUAUGCCGGGAAUGGAACCUGCACUAGUGGAAUUAUGGUCCAAUAAUUGUAUCCGGUUAAUCAGACACAAUAAGAGACUCGGCCCUGAGGAUCUUCAAUUGCAAUGGCGCCCAUUAUUUGAGAUUAUCGAUAAAACUUUAUUUCCCAAAGCAAGACAAAGAGCCUUAAUCAGCGAAUCAAAAUUAUUAGGUGCUGUAUUGCGAUUAACUGGAUAUGCACAAAGAUUCUUUUCAUCUACAUCUAGCCAAGAAAUCCUCGAUGAAUUCCUCCCAAAAUUCACUACACAUUCUGUGUCCGAAGCCAUUCGUGCUCAGGGAUAUAUUGUAUUAUUCUUACCUGUUGAAAACCAACCCAACUACACAUUACAAUCCCAAGACUAUUUAUCUACGAUAUUUUCAUUAUGGUCGAUUUUUACAUGCUCAUCCACAUAUGACACCCAAUUUGCUUCGCUCGUAUCUCGCAUCGCUGAGAGUAAUUUGGAUGUAGGAAACUCGGAUAUCGGAUUGUUCACUAAACAACAAGUAAAGACUGUUUUUACAACCGGACUGCGUAUGAUGAAUUUACCCGUAGGUAGUCGUAGCGAUGGAAGUAGUUCAGUUGGAGGAGCAGCAGGUGGAACAACUACGGGAUAUGGAUCACAGGGGAUUCGCGUAGAUACUAAGGCUGGUUCAUCUUUAUUACUACGUAAACGACCGGAAAAAUUCAAAUCCUUGGCUCGAUUCAUUGUUUAUACAAUUAUACCUGACACCAACAAUUCCAGUUAUUCGUUAGAUCUUUUAUCCGAAAUGAUUCAGGCUACCGAGUUGUAUUAUCAUCCAUCAAACCAUGGUCAAUGGUCUUAUUUCUUGACAUCGUUCGCUCGCCAUUUGUCAUCCGAAUUUUUGAAACGUUGGAGAGAAGAGUUAGAACCAGAUUGUAAAACACCUAAAGAACGUCGAUUAACACCUGAGAUCCGACAUAAGUUUGUCAUGAUUUUACGUCCCGUCACCUACCUUAGUAUGUUCGGUAAAGAUCAAUACACUGUGGGUGCAUCUCAAUUCACCCUCAAAUUUUUGUCAUGGCUUGAACCGGGCUUGAUCUUCCCCGGAUUAUUGGAACGUAUUUAUCCAUCAUUAGAAACUUUAACCGAAACACAUCGUACAUCAAGUGCCCUCAGUAUUUUGGCAGAUAUCGCUUUACCUUUGUUCUCACGCGACCAUUAUCCUGCGGGAGGUAAACAUUUAUUGCCAUUACUACAAUUGGCUAUUCCCGGUAUUGAUAUGAACGAUCCGUUGAAGACGAUUUCUUCCCUCAUGUUUAUAUCGACCGCACUCAUGUCCAUCCCUAUUUUUGACCAAACGCAAGUACCCAAUGAUUAUUUUCCCACUGAAGAAUAUAUGGAAGGUGUUGAGUUAUCGAGAGAAACCGAAGAUUAUCUUGUGAAGGCUACGACGGGAGAAUUUGAAGAGUGGUUGGCUAAAUUCAUGCGUCGUGUGUUCACAAUUUUUGAAAAUUUGCCUCAAGAAAACCGAAAGAAGCAAGGAAAUAUGGAAGUGGGAUUGACCCAAAUGUUGUUACACACCUGUGAUAUUAUUUUCAACCAGUUAUCGGAUUCGCUGUAUGAUUUAGCGUUAAAGUUGGUGAAGGAGUUUGUGGGUGAUCGUGUUUUACCCAACGCCGUGCGUGCUGUGGGUCAAUUAUGUGAUGCCCUGACAAGUAUCCAUCCCAAAAAGGCUGCUAAAGCAUUUAUCCCGCUCUGUAUCACAAACAUUCAAAUGGAACUGGAGCACGGUGCUGCAUCCACCGUGUCACAUUCUGCGGCAUCGAAUUUAAUUCCUUCGGAUGCUACCUUCCAUUGGUACCAAAAUGUAUUAUUCUCCGUCGUAUCUAGCCUGGGACCUGAACUUUUGGUGUACAAGCAAGAAAUUGUGGACAUGACACAAGCGAUGGUCAACCAAUGUCGCAGCCGACGUGGUAUGAUGUGGACAGGUAAAUUAAUACGUGGUGUGUUGGGUACCAUUUUGAACAUCUACCCCUUGGAUUAUAGAAGUUUGAACCCUUCACAGUGGAACGACAAGGAUUUCAUGGAAAAAAAUGCACACCAAGUGUGGGGACAGCCCGGAGAUCCGGCUAAUUUGGAAAUUCAAUGGCAUACACCGAGCGAACCCGAAAAGGAUUUCGCAUUAGAAUAUUUAUCGAAAUUCUUAACACCCUGUAUCAACCGCUUGAAUGAAAUGAUGGCGCUGGAGCAAGUAGGAAAUAGUCAUGAUAUCAGUAACGAAUUCUGUCGAAAUUUAGCUGUAUUACGUAAUUGUUUGAUGGGAAGUGCUACGAUGGUCGCAGAUGAUGGUGUCGAAGUAGUCGAAACUGCCACCGAUGACGACGAAGUGGUUCAUAUUCCCACGUUACAAGUAGGAUAUGCAUUCACCGACCUUUCCGAUCCACGUACCCAACACGCAAGAGGAAUCCGAAAGACCAUUGGUGAACUCGUCCAUCAAUUAUCCAACUAUUUUACAGCACACCGUGAGGACGAUGUCGAAAGUGUAAAGAUUCUCAUCAAAAUUGCUCGCACGUUUCUGUCCGAACGUGGUGUUGAAAAAUCUCAAUUUGAUCACAGUAAGAGUGGAUAUAGUUACGCCAAGAAUAUUGGACAAACACCCUUAUGUAAAAAGCGAUAUCCCCGAAAUUUAUUGAUCAGAAGAGCUUAUAACCACCACAUGUUGAGAUUAAGACAGAAUGUACAAAGUCGUAUCCGUACACCGCUCCAUGAUGCCAUUUUAUCAGACCUGUUAGAAAUGUCAUUGGGUUCUUAUGCAGAGAUUCGAAAGGUCAGUCAAACCGCUUUGUCUGCUACAGCGCGUUGUUUCAGAGACAGUAAAACGUUAAUCAUGCCCGUUCUUUUGGACGCUUUACAACCCGAUGUACCUGCCGAUCGUAUGAAGGGAGCGCUUUAUUUAUUGACACACAAAUCCAUCAUCAUGCCUUGUCUCCGAAACUGGCAAUUUAUCCCAACUUUUGUCAUGGCUAUUUGUGGUGCCCAACAUCAAGAUAAACUCACUAUUCAAGAGUUGAUCCGUAAAGUGUUCUUGGAUUAUAUCUCUCAUUUCAAUUCAUUCUCUUUCCGUGUCAUUACGCAAAACGAUUUAAAUCCCGUUAUCUCUCAACUGACCGACGCAUCGACUACUCCGGAAUUUAUGGCAAGGGCUACCAAGAUUGCAGGCUGCGUUGAAUCUCGUGCAGAUGAAAGAUUAAAAGCCUACUACGAUUUGAUUGAACAAUUAUUAGACUUUUUGCUGAAUACAAGAGUGCAUUGGCGUUUUGCUGCCAUGGCCGCCAACUUUAUUGAAGUCUUUUUGCGAUCGGAUGUCAAGCCUUCUCGUCGCUUGGCUGCGUUUGCUAAUAAUGCUGCGUUGUCCGAGUUACCCACCAUGCGUCGUAUUGGUAUUAGUGCCACAAUUCAGUUACUGCUUUACAUCAAACAGCGUACUUUAGCCGGUGGAAAUGAAGAUCUUUUGAUUACCAGAAGUAUCCGUAACCCACUCAAGGUGGAUGUGCUGGUCGAUGAUGAUGCCAUGAUGGGAAGAAAUUUGUUACAAGCAUCAUAUCAAGGUUUGACACCCGAGAAUAUGGGCACCAGUAUUCUUGUGGAUAACUCUACUUUGGGCUGGUAUGUUUGGCCUAAACAGUAUACGGCUUAUAAGAUGAACACCAAAGACUUUUUGUUGGAUACCAUUGAUCCUGAUUCAUUAGAGGCGUAUGAAGAGUUCUCAAAGACGUUCCAUAGUUCGGAAUAUUGGACAAAAUUAUGUGACUACUUGUCGCAAGAAGUGAAUCAAAAGCAAGAAGAUAGAUUUAGUUCAUCCGAUGCUCGUUUGUUCAGCAGUAUUUUCCAGACAUUUGGGGAUGGACCUUUGACUUGUGCUAAAGAGCAUAUUGAAAAAUUAUGUGAGGCCGCAGACCAAAAGAAUUCGCAAAGAGCUGCCUCUGAAAUUUUGGCUGGUUUGAUUCGAGGAACCAAGCAUUGGCAUUUGACCAAAUUGGAAUCACUCUGGGCUUGGUUGACACCCGUUUUACGUAAGGUCUUUAAUAGUAUCACACCUGAUUCGUUAACAUACUGGGAAUCCUUUGUUCGUUUCUGUGCUACACGUCGUGAUCCUCGAAGAAUUCAACCCUUGAUGAACUUAAUUUUGGAAGCUGAGCUAGAUCCAACUUCCGAUGCUGCCUUCAACGAAUCACGAAAAUUGUUACUUGUGCGUGCUUUGGUCGUCACCUUGCAAUGGCGUUUUGAACCUUUGAUCCAAAAGGUCUUGCCGACUUACUUUAGUAAUAUCCAACAUCCUUAUAAGCAAGUACGUGAAGUCAUUGGUGUAAAUAUCAAUGAAUUAUUACAGCUAGAGUGGAUUCCUUCAUUCCCGUCUGUACAAAAUUUGUUAGUAUCCAACGCGAUGACCGAUGGUGUUGGUAACGUACCUACGACCUUAACACCCAUUCAAGCCGAUAGAAUUGAAGGUGUAAUUUAUAAAUUGGAUAUUUGGUUGCAAGAGAUGAAUAAGGAUAACACGGCACCAAGUGGAUCCAGUGAUUAUGCUCAUGCAAGUAAAACAGUGUUAUGCUGGUUACAUGAAGCUUUGAACCAUUGGAACUUGUCAGGUACUUUACCCUAUAUUGUUCCAUUCUUACAGCGUAUUUUUGCCAUGCAAGAAGUGAACGAUGAUCAAGAUUUACAAGUGAUGGCGACGCGCGUACUUAACUUGACCGCUAGACUAUCGUACCCACCCAGCAUGCUACCCACCUUGAUUGAUCAAUUCCUGACGAUUUUAACCACAUCCACCAGCUGGCAUAUCCGUAUCCGUGCAUUACCCGUGUUACAAAUUUUCUUCUUUAAACAUUUGUUUGUCAUGAGUAGUGAUCAAUUGAUCCGUAUCAUGGAAGUCAUUGGUCAAAUGUUGAUGGAUACACAGAUCGAAGUGCGUCAAUUAGCCUCCGUCACUUUAGGCGGUUUAGUACGUUGUUCGCAAAGAGACGCCAUCCAGUCUCUGCUGACCCAAUUUAGUGAAAAGAUCCGAGUCCGUAUCCCCAAACGAAAGCGAGAUAAGGUGACGGGAAAGAAUGUAGAGCCUGCUGGUUUUGCUGAGGCAGUUUUGAGGAAACACGCAGGUGUACUGGGUAUUUCUUGUUUGAUCAAUGCGUUUCCUUACGAAGUCCCAGAAUGGAUGCCAGUGAUAUUGUGUCAAUUAGCGGACUGUAUGUCCGAUCCAGCCGCAGAAAUUCAGGCUACGAUUCGUAAAACAUUUUCAGAUUUUAGAAGAACUCAUUCAGAUACAUGGCAUGAGGAUAUGUAUAAAUUUGAUGAAGACCAGUUAUCAUUAUUAAGUGAUAUGCUUAUUUCUCCUUCUUACUAUGCUUAGAUUUUUCCUAAUAAAUUAAUUGAUAAACAUGA